AGAUUUAUUAUUACUCCCUCUGUCCCAAGUGAUCCUUUUCGCUUUUCCUAGUGUCAAACAAUCUAAUUUUGAUCUUGAAUUCAGAUAUAUAUAUUUCUGGAUCUUUUAAGUCUCUGAGGGAUAAUGCAUUCUAUUAUGGGCUGUUUUCGUUCCUUGAGAUCUAGACGUCCACCUGGUUUCGAGAGCCAUGACUUACUAGCUUCUGAGACUUCCUUUUCUGUUAAUGAAGUGGAUGCAUUGUAUGUUCUGUAUGGAAAAAUAAGCAGCUCCAUAAUUGAUGAUGGUCUUAUUAAUAAGGAAGAGUUUCUCCUUGCACUCUUCAAUUGUAGCCUAAACCAGAAUAUUUUCGCACAGAGAUUGUUUGAUUUGUUUGAUCUUAAGCGUAAUGGGGUUAUUGAAUUUGGAGAAUUUGUUCGAUCACUAAGCAUAUUCCACCCAAGGACUCCUCAAGCAGUCAAAAUUGAAUUUGCAUUUAAGUUGUAUGACUUGAGGCACACUGGAUUCAUAGAACGCGAUGAGUUGAAGGAAAUGGUAUUUGCUAUUCUGAAGGAAUCAGAAUUGACACUUCCAGAUGAUGCUAUCGAAGCUAUUGUUGAUAAGACAUUUGUAGAAGCAGACACAAAAGGAGAUGGACGUAUUGAUCCAGAAGAGUGGAAAGAAUUGGUCACAAGAUAUCCUUCUAUCAUUAAGAACAUGACUCUACCAUUCUUAAAGGAAAUAACUCAAAUGUUUCCUAGCUUUGUGCUGACAACUGAAGCUCAAGAUUCACAACUAGUGUUUGAGUAACUGAUCGGUGCCAACUGCCAAAUUCCAUUGUACUAUCGGUAUACUGAUCAACAAGUGUUUGAAAAGUACAAGUUGAGUUAUUUUUUUUGGUGAAUUAGUUGCCUGUCUGCUCUUAGGCUAUACCAUAAACUGUAUACGAAAUGUGUUUGCUCGUACGUAUCGUCAUGUGUAGAUGUGAACUACAAAAGAGUAUGUAUAUAUCCUUCAGACAUAUACAUACCAUUUGCAGCUGGCUAGAUAGGACUGAAUUUAUUUAUUUGGACACUGCUGAAACAUUUGAAAAGAAAGUGCAUUUUACUGGAUUUA